UAGCAAACCAAUCACAGAAAGUUUUGUGAACCAGCACACACAUGCGUGCACGUACUCACACUCACCUUUGCACGACUGCACUUAUGGAGCAUUAUUCCAUCAUACUUCUGUCCAUCUGCUUCCUGCUCCCAGGGAGGAAAAACUGUUUCAGUAUUGACACAAAGAAUGCCCAGAUCAUCCAAGGACCCAAAGAUACACAGUUUGGCUACACAGUGCAGCAACACGAGGCACUUGGUCAGAAAUGGCUCCUUGUGGGAGCACCAUUUGAGAAGAAUGGUGAAAAUGAGACCGGUGAUGUGUACAAGUGCCCACUGGGUAGCUCGAGUGAGACAAGUUGUUCACGCCUCAACUUAGGAGGAACAACCCUAAAAAAUGUAUUUGAACACAAGGAUAAAAUGAGACUUGGGAUGUCCCUAACCUCUAAUCCAAAGGAUAACAGUUUUGUGGCUUGCGGUCCGUUAUGGUCAUACGAAUGCGGUUCAUCCUUAUACAGUACAGGAAUCUGCUCCAGUGUUGACAGCAAUUUUAACUUCUCACACAGCAUUGCACCUGCCUUUCAAAGAUGUGAAACAUAUAUGGAUAUAGUCAUAGUGCUGGAUGGCUCAAACUCCAUAUACCCCUGGUUUGAGGUGCAGGACUUCCUAAUCAAUGUCCUCAAAAAGUUCUCUAUUGGUCCAGGACAGAUUCAGGUUGGAGUGGUGCAGUAUGGAGAGAGAGUGGUUCAUGAGUUCUAUCUGAAUGACUUCCAAACAGUUGAGGAAGUGGUGAGUGCAGCCCAGAAUAUUAUCCAACGUGGAGGAGAGGAGACUCGUACAGCACUCGGGAUCAGUACUGCACGUUCCCAAGCAUUUAAGCGAGGGGGACGUCCAGAUGCCAGGAAAGUGAUGAUUGUGAUAACUGAUGGAGAAUCGCAUGAUAGCCCAGACCUGACAAAAGCAGUUGAAGAGAGUGAGAAAGACAACAUCACGCUGUAUGGAAUCGCUGUGCUUGGCUACUACAACCGCCGUGGGAUCAACCCCGAAGCGUUCUUGAAAGAGAUCAAAUUCAUUGCCACUGACCCCGAAGAACAUUUCUUCAGUGUGACAGAUGAAUCUGCUCUGAAGGACAUUGUGGAUGCCUUGGGGGAGAAGAUCUUCAGCCUGGAGGGCACAAGUCAAAAUGGAACUACCUUUGGACUACAGAUGUCCCAGGCAGGUUUUUCCUCACACAUCGUGGAGGAUGGUGUUCUGGUAGGUGCUGUAGGGGCUUAUGAGUGGAAUGGCGCAGUCCUCAAACAGACACAGAAUGGUAACGUGAUCCCUCCUAAGUCCUCAUACCUUAAAGAGUUUCCUGAGGAGCUGAAGAACCACGGAGCUUACCUGGGUUAUGUGGUGUCCUCAAUAGUGUCAGCACAUUAUGGCCAGCUGUAUGUGGCAGGAGCUCCUCGUUAUAACCACACAGGCAAAGUGAUCAUCUUUACUCUUACCAACACGGGCAACCUUACCAUACUACACUCUCUAACAGGACAGCAGAUUGGCUCAUAUUAUGGUAGUGAGGUAACUCCACUGGAUCAGGAUGAGGAUGGAUUGACUGAUCUGCUUCUGGUGGCUGCUCCUAUGUACUUCAGCAGAGGCUGGGAAACAGGCAGAGUCUACAUUUACAGAUUAGACCAUCAGGGACCUGUUGACCUGGAAGGUUUUCUUGAGCCAUCAGAUAGGGCUCAUAACUCUCGUUUCGGCUCAGCCAUGUCCUCAAUGCCUGAUGUAAACGGAGAUGGUUAUGGUGAGCUGGUGGUAGGUGCCCCUCUAGAGGAUGAUCACGGUGGUGCAAUCUAUCUCUUCUACAGCCGGCACAAUGGGAUUCAGCCAAAGUAUAAGCAGAGAAUCGCUGCUGUAGACAUUUCCCCAGGCCUGCAGUACUUCGGUCGCAGUGUACAUUGUGUGAUGGAUAUGAAUGGAGAUGGACUGACUGAUUUGUCUGUAGGUGCUCUCGGUGCUGCCGUCUUACUCUGGUCUCGCAGCGUGGUUCGUGUUCACCUCGAUGCUCACUUUGAGCCAUCAAAGAUAAACUUGUUCAACAAAGACUGUUUACGAGGUGGAAAAGAGGUGACCUGCAUGGCAGCCCGGGUCUGUAUCACGGUAAAGGCUCGAACUCCGAUGCCAGACAUGCAAAGAGUGGCUCUGAAACAGAGCUGGGCUUUUGAGGAAAGACGCUACAGCCCCCGAGCAGUGCUAGAUAACACUGAAGUCCAGCCUUCUGCAAAUAUCACUGUCCUACCAGACAUACCAUACUGCGAGCACAUCUACUUCCAUGUGCACGAAACUGCUGAUUACACUCGUCCAGUAGUGUUUAAUUUUGAUGUGGGUCUGCAGAACAUUGAUGAAGGCCCUGUAAUGGAUGAUGGUUGGUCCACCUCGCUACGCUUAGAGCUGCCUUUCUGGAAUGGGUGUGAGGAAGAUAAUCAAUGUGCACCUAACUUGUUUCUACAGAGCAGCACUGACCUUCUGGAUCGUAGACAGUUUUGUGCUUUGAGAAAGUGUGCUACGUGCCCAAUGUGUGGCCCGACAGGGGAGAGGGUGGACAAUGAACGCGUAGUAGAAACCAGCAGGAGAAGAGUGCUGGUGGAGGGUAGACUGGAGAACAGAGGAGAAAACGCUUACAUCACACAGCUUCAUAUUUCUUACUCAGCAAACCUUCACUUCUCCAGCUUGAUCGUGAAGACGCCUCCUGAUGUAGAAAUCAAGUGUGAAGCAGGAGAACAUGUCUUCAGCAGUCUACAGAGGAAUUGCAAUGUCAGUGCUCCACUGCUGAGGUCUCUUGCUCAGGUGACCUUCCGGUUGGAAUUCGAGUUGAGCAGAUCACUCUUUAUGGAUUACAUACAUGUUUUGCUGAAUGCCUCCAGUGAUGGGGAAGAGGUGACUCCCGAAGACAACAGCAAUAAUAUUUAUCAUCCUUGGCAUGAGGCUGAUAUUCUUUUCACAAGGGAUUCCAGCCCUGUUCGCUAUGAAAUUAAAUCCACAUCUAAUCUGGGCUAUGCAGGAGCUACUGGACCAACUUUCAACCUGUCAUACCAACUUCAGAACCUCGGACUGUUCCCUCUUAAUGACCUGCUGCUCACAGUAGAUGUUUUUUCUGUGACAAAUAAUGGCAAUCAUCUUUUGCACAUGUCAGACCUCAAUGUUGAUCAGAUUUCUGUCUCUAAGUGUACAGUCCCACAUGUCACUGUGACAGAUGUGCCCUCACAUGAAGACCUCUCGCUCACACCACAGCUGAACUCUUCGACUGCUGUCGCUGUUUCUGCACAGUGCAGGCUCAUACUCCAACCUCAGCAAGACAUCCGUGUGACUGUGGCAGGAUGGCUGAACCUUCAUGCACUACAGAAAAUAAACUUCAAGGCUUUGGAGAUGGUGAUAGCGGCAGCCAUCGAGUUGAGCCCAAACAGCACAGUGUUCCUGCAUGAGGAAAGACCUACAAGACACAUCGUUCUGGAGAUUCGAAAGGAUGAGGAUUAUAAAAUUCCCAUCUGGAUUAUAAUCGGAAGCACUUUGGGGGGCCUACAGCUUUUGGCUCUGCUGGUUUUGGCUCUAUGGAAGCUGGGAUUCUUUCACAGGGAGCGACAACGUGAAGAAGAUGAGAAGACCACCGAGCAGCGGUAAAGCCACAGCGUCCUUAUUCCUGCGCGAGGCUGUUACUCAGGGAUGCUCCAGGAGCAUGGGUCCGACUUUGCAGCACUCUAGCUAUUUGACACUUUGUCAUGCACUGCUGAGCCCCUCCCACUUUCUCACAAAACCCAAACGCUCUAAUGCAGUAAAGACGCGGAUCUCUGACAAGUCGUAACUUAUGACCGAACAAUGCAAGGCCUUGACUAAACAAGACGCUUUUGUAGGAUUUAAAUAAUGAUAGUUGAAAAUAAAGUGGGAUUUGUAAAUGUAAAUGUACAGUCAAGGAUGUAAGUACAAAGAAAUGCUUAAAUAGGGCAUACUAGAACGCAUUUUGCAUCAUAAUGAUUGCAAUAGACGCUUAAUAGUCGCUAGAGUAUUAAUUCAUGUGAAUGCACUUGAACUAGUAAGUAAUCAUUGACAAUAAACAGUUCCUUUUGAAAUGGAGUAUAGCGACUUUUAUAUAAAAUACACAUUUUAAAUCCACUUUAAUGGAGAUGUUAAAUGAACUUCGAUGGACACAUCGUAUGUACUAUAAGCUGGUGUCUACCAUCUUACCCCUGAAACCGAAAGUUAUUAUACUUCAAGCUUUUUAAAUUUUUUUACAUUUAUCAGUGGCUUUUUUUUUUUGAUACAGCACAAGAAGAUAGAUCAAUGUUUAACAUGCAAGAGCUACUGUUAGGCAAAAUAAAGGCCAACUCUGGGGAUGACUUCCGUUUGCAUUUGUUUGCAUUAUUUCCUUUAGUUAUUAUGAAAUUGUUUCUUCCCAAAUUGAUAUUCACUAAAUGGACAAAUGUUUAUAGACACCUGACUAUAAUUCAGGACCCAUUCCACUUAUAAAAAACAUUUACAAUUAUAUAUUUUACUCAUCUGGGAAGAUUUUUUUACACUCAUUCAGCCACAAUAGUCUUAGUAAAGUCAGGUAGUGAUGUAGGUGAGGUGAGGAGGCCUGGCGUACAGUCAGCGUUCCAAUUCAUCCCAAAUGUGUUUUAUAGGGUUGAAGUCAGUGCACUAUAGCGGACCACUCAAAAUCAUCCACUUCAACCCAUAUCUUUGUUUUGUGCACGGGGUCAUUGUCAUGCUGGAACAGGUUUAGGUUCAAGUGAAGGAAAAAUGUAAUGCGACCACAUGCAAAUAAAUUCUAUACAACUGGGUGCUUCCAACUUUGUGUGAGGGGAGAACAUAUAGAUGAAAAAGUCCGGUGCUCCAAUUCUUUUGCCCUUAUAAAGAAGAUGCCAAAGCUGAAAUAGAAUAUAUUUAACAUAUUUGAUCACAUGUAGGUUGCAUUUAGUGUUUGCCAUACUGUAAGGUGCAGGUAUUGUGAUUUUAAGGGAAACAUUUACAUACUUUUUGAAAGAGAUGGUAUAGAUCUUAUAGCUAGUAAUGUGUAUUUUAGAGGAAAUCUGUAAUAAAUCUUGCCAUAAAUAACCGAACUGCUUGUAUUUUGGCUCUGCAUGGAAAUACACCAAUUUAAAGAAGAAGAAAAAGGAAUCCAUUAAUAAGCUGGUUACAUUUAUAAACACAACUUGAUCUUAACCACUUGUGGAAAGAAAAGCCACCUGAGAUACCAAAUUAAGAUGAGUUGCAAAAUGCAUUCUCUAUUAAUAUAGUUUGUAUAAACAUUUCUACAUGACUGAAUUGA